UCACUGUUUACAUCGGCUAACAUUGCUAGCUAGCUUAAACGCUCCUCCUUUCCUCAUGCUGCUAACUUAGUUUCCGAGUUCGCUAGCUUAACUGUGUGCCGGCGUGAAGUUUGCCACUUUACCCCCACCCGCGUUUUAUUCUGUCCAGAUGCAUAUUCAUGAAUAAUAUCGUCCACGUUUGAAGUAAUAAAGUUUUACUUCUGCUAGCUCGGCGUGCUAACUCUGAGGCCACAGGCAUUCCGACAUUAACUAUGUGUCAACAAAGUUGCGUUAGCCGUGUAAACGCACGUCAUGAUCCACUUCUCUGUGUAUGAGAGGGCUUCUCUGUCAAUAGUGAUGAACUAACUUUAAGUUAAAUAAUCAGUGCAUGACGUGUAAAAGGUGUGAAUGCUGGUUUUGGAGUGAUGGUAGCUCGUGAUAAACUGGAAUGUAAAUGUCUGAGGACAAGGAAGCCCAGGAGGAUGAGCUGCUUGCUUUAGCGAGUAUCUAUGAUGAAGAGGAGUUCCACCAGGCAGAGUCGGCGCAGGGGGGCGAGAUCCAACUCUGUCUGGAGCUCCCUCCUGACUUCAAAGUGGUGGUCAAAGGAGAGAAGCAAACUGAAUAUAAUGUCUGCUUCUUACCUCCUUUGGUGCUCAACUUUGAGCUUCCUGCAGAGUAUCCCUCUACAUCUUUUCCAGUCUUCACUCUCAGCUCUAAAUGGAUGACGAGAGCACAGAUGAGCUCUCUGUGCAGACGUCUGGAUGAGCUGUGCGAGGAGAACCAAGGCAGUGUGGUUCUUUUCACAUGGAUCCAGUUCCUCAAAGAGGAGGCUCUGGGCUUUCUGGGCAUCCAGUCUCCUCUUGAAGUCAUCAAGGCAGGAAGUAAAGCAGGUGGUGAGCGCAGGAAAACCGACCCAGCUGCCACAGCUCUGACGCAGUGUGGGAGUCAUUGUGAAACCGCUGAGGAGAAGCAAAGAGAAGCGAAGAAGGAAAAGUCUCAACCACAGUUUUCGUUGUCUUCUCAAAUGGAUCCGCGGGCCGUUUUGGUGAUGGACCCGCGUGCCGACCUCCUACCUCAGCUCCUGGACUUUGACGAGGAGCAGCGUCAGAAGGUGUUUGACAGCAAGGUGUUCGGCUGUGGGAUCUGCUUUGUGGAGAAGCUGGGCUCAAACUGCCUUUGCUUUAAGGAGUGCCAGCACGUCUACUGCAAGGCUUGCAUGACGGAAUACUUCCAGAUCCAAAUACGGGACGGCAACGUUCAGUGCCUUAAUUGCCCUGAGCCCAAAUGUACCUCCAUAGCCACACCAUCACAGGUGAAGCAGCUGGUGGAUGAGGAGCUGUUUGCCCGUUAUGACCGCUUGCUGCUCCAGUCCAGUCUGGACCUCAUGGCCGACGUGGUCUACUGUCCCCGCCUGUCCUGCGCCACCGCUGUGAUGGUGGAGCCGGACUCGACUAUGGGGAUUUGCUCAGCUUGCCAGUAUGCCUUUUGUACACUGUGCAAGCUGGGCUAUCAUGGCCUCUCCCACUGUAAAAUCCCUGCAGAGGAAUUGCGUAACCUGAGAGACGAGUACCUGUCAGCCACGGCUGUGGGGAAAAAGUUCAUGGAGCAACGCUUUGGGAAGAGGGUGAUCCAGAAAGCAGUGGAAGAGUCCUUUAGCAGAGACUGGCUCAAUGAGAACUGCAAAUGCUGCCCACGCUGUGGAACCAAUAUACAGAAAGCUGAUGGCUGUAAUAAGAUGACCUGUACCUCCUGUAAACAAUAUUUCUGUUGGCUGUGCCUGGGCCUCCUCAGCAAAGUCAACCCGUACAGUCACUUUAACAACCCACAAUCACCCUGUUAUAACCAGCUUUUCCAAGGUGUAGAUCUUGAUGAAGACGAUGCCUUCUGGAGUGAUGAGGAAGACUGACACCCGUGCAGCACCUCACUGCUGUAUGCUCCAUUUGAAUGCACUUUAUCUCCCAUAACCAUCACUUCACCUGUGACACUAACACAACAGUGCCACUACAACAUGUUUUGAAUAUGAUCGGGCGUCUUGGGUAUAAAACAUUCAAUGUCUUGUGUGUAAGUUGUUCAUACUUAAUAUGUGACAGAUUUCAUGUAUAUAAUGAAUUCAGGAAGGGCAGGCAGAGUUUCAGCUUUUUUCUCGGCGAGUAAUAGAGAAACAAUUAUGGUCAGGUUGGUAAAAGCAGACAUUUUCUUAAAAACAUCAAGAAUACAUUGUUAGUGGUAGGGAAUCUUUUUGAUAUGACAAUGUCAUAGGACUGGACUGUUAAUUCAAAACACAAAAGAGAAGAAGAAAAAAUCUAUGUAAACCUCUUUAUUGUAUUCUAGAUUAUGUCUAAAUAUCUACUCCUUAAUUUGACUUUUUCAUGAUGAAUUACGACAUUCACAGGCUUGUAAUGGUCAACAGGUGAUUCUGGAGCCACUGACGAGGCGUUUGCUUCCUAUUAGCGAGCAGCUGAGUGUUUCUGUCAAUAACAAACUUCCAAAUGGAUAGUUAGGUGAUUUUUCAUAAUCUAACCAAGAUACACACCCAUUGAUACAGGAUUAAUGUAAACAGGAAAACCUGUAGAUUAAUAUUAAUAUCCCAGACAUAAUUACUAAAAAAAUACCUAGAUUUUUCUUGUUGGAUUUGGGUUGACUACCAGAAUUGGAAACCCUUGACAUUCAUUUCAUCUUCUGUCGGGAUGUACAUUAUCUUUCUUCUCUUUUUGGAAAAUAGUUUUCUUGAGAAUAAUGAAUUUACAGAAAUGCACCUUUGCACAUCAUACGAUUGAAAUCAGGCAGGUUGGUUUUGGGGAAUGGGUUUCAUAAUUAGUUUGCGUCGCCUGCAUUUUUCCAUCCAGAAUAACGGAGGACACUGCAGUAAUUAUUCAUGACAGUCAUGGGGUUACUGGGAUUGUGACUAUAGUGUGUGUUUGGUCAUUCAGGGACUGGGGUGGGAGAAAGGAAUAUGCCUUGAGGAAUGAUAUUUGACUAGUUGUAUUCAUACCCUGCUUUGCACAACUUGUUACUUGAAUGUUGCCAAAGUUAAGUGUCAAAGAGAGGCCAUAUGAUCUUGAUAAUGCCUAGAGAUACAAACAUUUGUAUAAUGUUAAUUUAUUUUCCUUCAUUUUGUUAUGCAUCAGAAAGGAGUCGGCCUCAUGGAGGCAGUUCUGAUAGAAAGGGUUAAAGCCGGCAUCCAAUCUGUUCUUCGUCAACGUGGAGCGAUUCGCUUCAAAAAGGGCCGGCUGCUUUUAGAGUUGAUGCCGGUGUGGACUGUUGAAAAGACAAUCUCUCGCUCAGUCUUGAAAUGCACAUGGAUUCACUUUCCCGUCACUGUCACUUCAUCUCAUGAAAGAAACAUUGGAAAACAGGACCUGCAGAUGCCUGUUAGAAUGCAUUCGGCAUAGGUUGUGUCCAAAUAAAUGUUCCCACUCUACA